GCGGCCGCGGGAGCUCGGGCGCAGCAGGAGCCACGGCCAUGGCCUCCAAAUCUGAGAAGAGGGUCGCCUCCUCUGUUUUCAUCACCCUGGCACCCCCACGCCGGGACACGACUGUGACAGGGGAAGUGAGGCAGGUGGCUCGGGAGACCCGAGGCCGGCCCUGGGAGGCCCCUGCUCCUGGGAAGGCGCCUGGGGGUGGCCUGGCCGGGAAGGCCAGCCCCUGGGCUCCCACCAGCAAGGCUGCAGCCUGUGACCAAACUGGGCCUUCUCAGCUCUCCAAUGGAGGGUGCUCACUGCCCCCUCCCACCCUGGAUGGUGAGGAGUCACUGGCAGACCUCGACCUCCUCCCUCCUCCACCUCCACCCCCUCCAGCGUUCCUGCCUCCUGAAGACGAGCCCCCUGCCCCAGCGGGGGCCUCACUCAUUUCAGACUUGGAGCAGCUGCACCUGCCCCCACCCCCGCCUCCGCCACAGGCUCCGGCAAAGGGUCCAUCGGUCCAGCCUCAGCCUAGCCACCUCAAGCCCUCGGAGGAGGAGCUGCCACCACCCCCAGAAGACCCCGUCAGCCCUCCAGAGAGAGAGGCAUCGACAGAUGUCUGCGGCUUCUGCCACAAGCCUGUGUCCCCUCGAGAGCUGGCCGUGGAGGCCAUGAAGAGGCAGUACCACGCCCAGUGCUUCACCUGCCGCACCUGCCGCUGCCAGCUGGCCGGACAGAGCUUCUACCAGAAGGAGGGGCGGCCUCUCUGCGAAGCCUGCUACCAGGACACUCUGGAGAAGUGCGGCAAGUGUGGCGAGGUGGUCCGUGACCACGUCAUCAGGGCCCUGAGCCAGGUCUUCCACCCCCGCUGCUUCACCUGCGUUACCUGCGCCCGGUGCAUCGGGGACGAGAGCUUCGCCCUGGACAGCCAGAACCAGGUGUACUGCCUGGACGACUUCUACAGGAAAUUCGCCCCCAUGUGCAGCAUCUGUGAAAAUCCCAUCAUCCCUCGGGAUGGGAAGGACUCCUUCAAAAUUGAGUGCAUGGGAAAAAAUUUCCAUGAGAACUGCUACAGGUGUGAGGACUGCAGUGUUCUCCUGUCCGUAGAGCCCACUGACCAAGGCUGCUACCCGCUGAAUGACCAUCUCUUCUGCAAGCCGUGCCACGUGAAGCGGAGUGCGGCGAGCUGCUGCUGAGCCGCCCAGCCCUGCCCUGACUUUGUUUCUCUUCCUCAUCUAUUCUUGCACACUUUCUUCCUGAGCCUUCCUGUGGACAGUGGGCAGUUCAGCCCGGUGUGUCUAUUAUGCAGGGGGACUGAGCCCCUCCCACCCUGGGGUGCUAAUACCAGUCCCCCACACUUUCAGUUCCUCCUCCUUGCUUGCUAGAAGCAUCGUUCAUUCCUGGAGGCCUUUCAGGCCUUCUAGUAGAUGGCUCUAACCCAUGGGGGGAGGGGAAGGGGGAGAGGGCCUCCCCCCCCCACAAGUCUCAAGAUUAGCACCUAGUAUCCCUAGCACUGACAUCAUCCAGUACAGUGUGCUGAGAUGCGUGUGGUCAGCAGGUCUGAGCAACUUGAGGGGAAACACCACCAUCUUGUAAAAAGGCCAGGGGCUACCAGUGACUCACACCUGGAAUCCUAGCUACUCAAGCAGCUAAGAUCUGGAGGAUCAUAGUUUGA